UUUAUUUAGGUAAAAAUUUUUACGUGAUUGUAUUAUAUUUGAAAAAAAAGUAAGAAAUUGAAAGGUGAGGAAGGAUAAUUUAGGGGCUGCUGUUGCUGCUGCCAUUGCCACUGCCACUGCCCAUUACGCGAGUACUCGCACGCUUCAUUUAUGAUGUCCGCAGUCUUCACAGCUGAAAAUUUUGCGGUCUCAGAAGAUGCAGACAAUCAAAAUUUCUCUAUGAAACAUAAUAAAGCUUAUACAGAAGACAAUGUGCUGGUUUACAAUAUAUUUGUAUACAGCAUACCAAAACAUUUUACAGAAAACGAUGUACGCGAUUAUUUUACAACUUUUGGUAAUGUGAUUGAUGUAAAACUUGUCCCGGACAAAAAGAAAUCUCGACGUGCAGCACCCAAAGUAGGGUUUGUGAACUUUUCGGACCCGGAAAAUGCCGCCAGCGCCCUGGGAAAAAAUAGUCAUCGUUUGCAAGGCUGGCGUAUCGGUGUGAAAGCUGGUGACAGCUGGAAUCAGCCCAAUGCAGAAAAAGCAUGUAGUGUUAAGGUACGCAAUAGCUGGUUUCAACCCACUAUUACAUCAGUACCGACAGAUGGCACCAAUUUUACUUCGUUGAAUGAUGAUUGUUUAGAAAUAAUUUUCGGUAUGUUGGAGUUGAAAGAACAAGUACGUUUUGCACGUGUAUGUCAGCGCUUCCACGACAUUUUCCAAAUGCAUUGCAAACGCGAAUUCAAAAACUUCGAUCUGAGUAAAAUGUUUAAUAUGACUUUAUGGGAAAUGCGUGAUUUCUUUCGUUUUGCUGGUGAAAAUAUUGAAAGCAUAUACGGCAGCGUGCCGUAUAAAAAUCGCAAGCGAAUUGUUGAAUUUAUCAGAACAUUUUGUACAAAGCUAAAAAUUAUUAAACUGGAUGAUAGUAAAAUGCAUGGAGACUGCCUGAAAAAACUAUUGCGUCGUUUUCCACAUUUGCAAGCCUUGACGCUACGUGAUUGUGCUUUAAGUGACGUCUGCAUAGAGACCAUGACACAUUUAAAGCAUUUAGAAACUCUCGAACUCCCGGAAAAUUAUGAAUUGACAGGUAAAUUCAUAAGCAAACUGACACAACUGAAGGUACUGAAUUUAUACGGUUGUUGUAAUAUACAAACUUCACAUUUGGUCGAUAUUUGCGAAUCACUGCCAAACUUAAAAUCUCUGGACAUACGCCGUUGUGAACGGCUAUCGCCCGCACUUUUCGACGUUAUGAUAGAACAUUGCAAAGAAUUGGAAAUUUUAAAAAUGUCUUGCCCCGAGUUUCCAUAUGAACGUGUCGCAUUAUUGCCACGACUAAAACAGCUAGAAUUGCUUUAUUACUCUCUCUACGGUACAUCACAGAAGCGUCUCUUGGCUGAACUUGUCGCCCACAAGGCUGAUCAAUUGGAGGUUUUGAAAAUUGUUGCCAAAAAUACACUUACUGACGAGCAUAUUGAUCUAAUAUCGGAGUUGAGACAGUUGAAAGUACUGUUUGUCGCCAACAAUCCGGCAGUGAACGAUAACGCACUCGACGCAUUUUGUAAAUUGCAACAACUCGAAGAGUUGACAAUCAAAGGCUGUGGUAACAUAACAAACCGCGCACUUUUGCGGCUGGUGAAAAGCUGCAAACAACUACGUCAGUUGAACAUACAAUUUUGCAAAAAAAUAACCAUGGAGUUUCUGCUAGAAACUAUACGCAUAUUAAAAGCUACAGAACAACGCAAAAAAACAUUACAGCUCAUAGUCUAUGGUACAUCUAUGGAUUACUAUGGUGUGGCUGAGUGUGAAGAAUACAAAGAAGCUGCGGCGCAGUCUUUGGUUAAAGUUAUCUUCCACGCUUCAAAUAAGGAUUUAGGUUUAGAAGAAGGUGUCGACAUUUAUAAUAUCUGGGAUGGAGAGCAUUGGGUUGACGAUGAUGACGAUCUAACCGAUGAUGAUGAUUAUGAUGAUGAUGACGAUGACGAUUUACAUUUUCCUGAUUCGGAUAUGGACGAUGAUGACAUCAAUUUCGUUUACAAUGUAUUUGGAGUAUAUCCACCUGGUGAAGAUAUCAAUGAUAUAAUUUGGUGAAAGGACUACACUACAACAAACACUAUUAUUUAUUAAUGUUUAAUAAUGUACAAUUUUUAUGUUUUUAUGUUUAUUUGAAAUAAAAUUGAAUUUUUCUAAUUAUGAAAUAAGUAAAAA